CACAGAGAAGAAAGCACUUCAUCCAUAUUUUCACUGCAGAGCAGAGACUCCCAAACACAGAGACAACAUGAAAGCUGUUGCAGCCUUCUUGCUAGUGCUGUGUUGCCUGGCUGUCAGUGAUGCAUGGAACUGCGUGGAGGCUCCACGGCUGUACAAUGCCCAUCAGAUUGACGCUGGAAUGGGACAAGUGGUUGCAACGGACAGAUACAAACGCGUCUAUUUCCUGAGUGGAUCAUCCUGGUACAGACUGGGCACAUAUAGCAUCCAGCAUGUAACAGUGGGACCUUCAGGAACGUGGGGGACCUACUUAAACAGGGUGUACAAAUAUGUAGCUGGAAACUUUAAACUCGCCAACGGUGUGAGUUUGCUGCAGGUAGAUGCUGGAGGUGAUGGUCAGGUUGUCGGGGUCGGGCCCAGCCCCUAUCGUGCCUACUGCCUGAGAGAGAGUUAUGCUUUGGGCUACACUGGAGUUGGCUCUGUCAGCUGGAAUUACCUUAGUAGACUGUUGAAGUACUACAGCUGUGGCCCACGGUAUGGAUGCUGGGGAAUUGACACACGUUCCCGUGUUUAUGUCACUAAGUAUAUCACGCCAGCCUCCUGCAGUACUAGUAGCUGGACAUACGUGUCAGGGCUUUCACUGAAAAUGAUUGAAGUGGGGACAGACGGAAGUGUUUUUGGGGUGACUACAACUGGCAAGGUCUACCAAAGAUCUGGCAUCAGCAGUUCUCGCAGACAAGGCACAUCCUGGGUUAACGUCCCAAUGUGCAUGCCCAUCAAACAUGUGACCUACGACCUGCGCCAGCUUUGGGUUGUCACCACCUCUGGUUUGGUUAUGAAGUGCUCACACUAAUGUCAUCAGUGUGGCAGAUGUUAAAUGAGCAUCAAUCUCUCUUUGUCUUGGCUGUCAUCAAUUAAAAUUUCUUUCUUUUCUUCAGAUCAUUAGAUUUUUUUUCCGAAAUAUAAUAUCUGUGGUGUAAGUAUUCAUUUAUCUCCUCUGCUUAUUUGGCAGUACAAAUUCUGUCUUGAUUCAUAGAUCUCUUGUGAUUCUCUCUUUAAUGAUUCAGCAUCAAUACAUAAAAUCUCUUAU